GGUUAGCGUUGAGGCCUUCUGUUACGAUGUCAUAGGCUUAACUCUUUCUCUCCGUAAUUAUUUACCACAUUCUGGUGGAAUCAAUGCUGGGUUUCGUCAGUUAAGGAGAGAAAGGGUUAAUCUUUUAUUCGAAAGGAACAUCCGAAACAUGUAAAGUGAUGCCAAGAUCCAGCACCAUUUGAAACUAAUGCUAAACGGAAAUGAAUAAAAUGAAAAUAACAAAGUGAAAUAUUUAGUUCUAGUGUAGGGAAAAUAUUCAACUCACUUUCUGAAAUAUGGUCUAUCUAGACUACCCGAACUAAAGAAAUUAACUUCUCCGUUCUCAUACAUUAGUACUACAUAUAGACUAAAUAGGUUCAUAUUAACAACAUUUAUUUGGUGACAGUUAAUAUUAAUAGUUAAAGUGACAACAAAACACUACAAUACAAUCUCUUCUCAAAAUUGUGUUAAGAAUUACAUCUAGGUCUGCAAAACACUCUGCUCUGUUACAAUAUGAUUAGUGACUAGGGUUUUUUUUUUUAUUCCUAGAUCUAGUUAUAAACUUAUUUAAACAUGUCCUAUCGAAAAGGCAGACCAAAUUUAAUCUACUUGGUCGGAUAAUAAGUUUCUGCAUGUAGGCCGCCUAUUGUGUAAAUGGAGAUGUGGGAGUCUACAGAGCUGUGUAUAUUAGAUCUUUACUCUAUAUUCGCUUAAUGCCAAUACUCAUGCACCUUGUAUAAAACUUACAUUUUGAACAUAAAAUAAUAGUCAACAUAAAAGUUCCGCUCCGUAAGGCAUCUACCCACUAAGCAUGGAUGCACACAGGACAACAUUUGAAAUGAGAGAUGCCUAAUUGUUAUAUAAUACACAGUAUAAUAUAUUCAACUUAGAGGCAUUUAAAAAUCAAAUGUCACUGUUCCUUGGAGUCUUGAUACUCUGUAUCUCUGAUAGUGUUAGGGGCUACAUCAUUGGUGACCGGAGACUGGAUGCCACGUACCAGGAACUAGGAGAUUUAAACAUCGGGGGUCUGUUUUCCUUCUCGGAGUAUGACCAGAAGUUAGUGUGCGGGGAGAGAGUCUCCUUAGAUGCGACAGCCAUCAUUCAGACCACGGAGAUACUGGUCGCAAGAAUCAGAGAGAUAAACAUGGAUGCUGACCUCCUUCCGAACAUCACUCUUGGGUUUGUGUUUCUAGACUUCUGCUCAAAUGUGCAGUCAGCCAUGAUUCAGGCCAAACGAUUUCUGCCACGAUCUGACCCUUCCGACUAUACCCCAACAAACCAAUCUAAUUAUUUGACGUCGUACAAGGUAGUCGGAGUGAUUGGGACAUCCAUUAACCACGUGACAGUGCCGAUAUCUAUUCUAUUCGGAGGUGCAGGCAUCCCCAUUAUGAGCGCUUGGGACUCGGGAAGUGAUUUUAACGACCAGAGUAAAUUCCCCACGUUCUUGAGACAGACGACCUCGUUCUGGGAAAUUCUAAAAACAAUGUUUAACGUCUUAGAGACAUCGUCAAUAGAAGUUUUCUCAAUACUUCUGGAGAAACGUCUCGAGGACAUGGUUGAAAUUGAGAAGAUCCGGGAGCAGUCUGAGGUUUCUAACUUGUGUCUCAUCGAACUCGUGCAGGUCACGGUCAACUCAGACUUUGAGGACAUAGUCGUUGGCUUAUUGAGUGGAAUUUCCAAAGUUGUCCUGGCGUUUGUGACGUCGAUUUCCGCUAAUUUUCUCGUGCAAGCCGUGCACCAUUUGGAAGCUGGCAAUCAGUUCCUUUGGGUUGUAACGGACACCUGGCUCAACCAGGGCAUCAUAUCUGGAAUGGUGAUGCUAACCUCAUUAGGUCCAUACAACAAUAAACAGGUUGAAGCCGAGUCUGUCCUGGCUAAUCCGUGGUUUCAAAAGCUAUUGAAUCAGUUCCACUGUGAAAAUGAGGAUUGCAGCCAGGGUCACGUUGCUUCAAUCACCGACAUUGAAGCUGUUAACAAAGAAGCACUGGAGCACUCCAUAGACAUCUUCGCCAUGGGUUUACAGUCGCUUCUUAAGGAACACUGCCCAGAGGCCAUGAAUGCAGAAGCGACGGCAUGUUUUGAAAAGCAUUACACAGAUUUUAUUAAAUACCUAAGCUCUGACGUAAUCUCAGAGUAUCAAGAAAACAUCAGAAACGACGAAAUUUAUGUCUCUCAGAUGAUAAUCAGCAAUAAUUCUGACGGCGAAAAACAGACUUUAAAUGUGCCUAUCGGAUCGUACACCGUUUCCACCGAGGACUCAUCAUUUAUUGAGCCGCUAACGUUAGACAUGCUGGAUUUCGGAUUCGAGGACACGCAGAAAGCGGCCAAAUGUCAACCUGUUUGUUCCGAGAGAGAGUAUACCAAAGCGUUCCAUUGCUGCUGGUCCUGCGUGCGCUGCUUGGACCACGAGAUAGUCGUGGUCAACAACACCAGCUGCUUGAAGUGCCCGUCCUUUCAGUGGCCCGAGCUAAAAGACGGCAAGUUCUCCGAGUGCAGGAUGAUAGAGCCAACCGUUUACGGCUUGGACACCCCGACAGCCGCGGCGUUCCUCGGCGCCACUCUUGGAAGCUGCCUCUUCGCGAUGAUGGUUCUGGGCGUGGUGCUCACCCACAACAAGCCCAAAGAACGCGACGCCCCCAUGUGGCUCGUCGUCUUGCAGCUCAACGCCACUGUCUGCGGCUAUUUCUCGGUUCCCCUCUACCUGCUGCCCCCCAGCAAACUAAGCUGUACCAGCGCCAUCGCCCUGUUCCUCUUCUCUUUCUAUGUCCAGUACUCAGCCCUGUUGUUGCGUAUUAUCUAUGUAUAUAAAGCACAAGCAGGAGUUCUUAAGACGACACCGCAACUUGCCUUAAUUUUGAUUGUCGUGAUUAUAAUCGAGAUCUCCGUGUUACUUUUACUCUACUUGUCUAAGCCAAUUGGGCUUAUCAAAAAUCAGCCCGAACUGAGCAAGAAAUUUGUGGAACUGUUAUGUUUCUUUCCUGUCCACAUCGUCGCCUACUUUCUCCUCGUCAGCAUACUACAGCUGUUGAUGUGUUCAGUCUUCGCCAUGAAGCUACAAUCUGGCUGGUACGGAUACGAACACAGCCGUUUCAUCUUGACUUAUAUUGUGUUGGCGUUAACCGGCUGGGUGGUCUUCCUGCCCGCGUAUUUCAUCGCGGAGCAUAACAGGAUAAAAAUGCACCUGCUGAUCAUUGCACUGCUGGUGAAUCACACCGGUUGCCUCAUGCUAAGCUACACUCCGAGGCUGAUAAUGCGGAUCUGCGUCAAGAAGGGUAUUUCCUCGUACGAUCAAUUUACCAGCUUCAGGAAGAGUAUUCUCGUCAGUAAGAUGAACAGCAUUGAAGAAAAGAAAAAAUCUCUAACACCUCCUGUAAAAUUGAAGACUCCGUCUCCCGUUAGUCCUGUCGAAAUUCUACAGCCAUCUAUAGAAACAGUGUCGGACGAACAUGUUUAUUCAUCCAGUGUUUAAAGAGUAUUCAAGUGCGGACCGCACUUUACGCAUCCCUUAGUGACGCCACUGUAAAGAGUGUCUUUUUACUGACACAUUUUUUUUUUCAUGAAGAGAAAAAAAAUCUCUGAGGAUAAGCUUAUAGCAGUAUAUAUAUAUUAUUAGUUGUUAUAAUGGUUUUGCUAGUUUUUUAAAUACUUUUAUUGAUGGCCAGAGACUGGGCUAACCUUUGACUUUAAAAAAAAAGGAUAUAUUCUUGUUUGCCUAGUAAAAUCUUGCCUUUAAGUUAUCCCCUAGUCUUGAGAAUGGCGGUUGAUCAAUGUUAGCUUUAGACCAACAGUCAUAGUUCGUUUACCAAACAUACGUGCACAGUCAUAGUCAGCCAGAGGAUAGCUGCCUGGUCAUGCUAUUGCGCGCUGGACUGUCGUUCGGACUUAUCGAAUGUCCCGGGUUCAAACUCCGCCCGCUUCCAUCCCCCGCCGUCCUGCGGGAGGUUUGGACUAGGAAGUAAAUUAUCUCCAACUCUGAAGGAACAUCCUAAAACAUGCAAAACAGUUUUACAAAUUCGCUCCCCAGAAACCUAUCAUCGAAGCUCUGCUCUAGUCAGCGUGCAGAGCGGGCCAAAGAGUCGGGGUGGGGAGGCGCCUGUUACGUUAUUCUUUUUUUUUAAACACCCCAAGGGAGUAGACUUAGUCCAAGUACCUGGGCACCCAAGUAGAGAUCGCCGGGUUCUCUCUCCCAAAUAAUUUUCUCAUUAAUAAAAUCACAACGCAACACAUAAUCUCUUUCUCUCUUGUUUGACGUACCAUCGUUGAUUUGACCUCAACUUAAUUUUUGGGUUUAUAAACUUUGAUUUGUGUUAUGUAAAAGGGCAUGUAUUUAUCUCUACCAAUUAUACCAUUGUCUGAUCAAAAGAGAAAUGUUAUGGAAGUUUAACCCUAACAGGCUAGUGCAAUGCCAGAUGGGAAAAAAUGAAUAAUUCCUUCUGAGCGCGGAAAAUAAUUACGAGAGAUAAGAGUUAAAAAUGCAGGUCGACACUUAGGAACUGUCAAUCAGUGUAACAAUUUCCUUACAAUCACUCGUCUAAACAGGGCCGGUCUUAGGCCACUGCAACCUAUGCGGUCGCAGUGGGCCCCGCGCUUUCAUAGGCCCCGCGCUAAUUCUAGGUGUAAUUUUUAAAUUGCAAAAUAUAUACAAAAAAUUCCUGGAAAUCUCCUGAAUUUAUUAAAAUUUUCUUGAAAACUCAUAAAAACCUCCUUAAAAAAGCUACGAUACUUUAUUUACUUUUAUAGUUACUGGCAUAUAAAUAUGAUUUGAUCGCAAUUUUGUAUACUUAGUAAAGUCAAAUUUUUUUUUUCUAAUACAAAAUCUUAAUUUUCACUUAUCAUCCUUAUUCCCACUCAGACUAGGCCCCGCGCAAUCAGUUUCGCAUAGGGCCCCGCAAUUGCUAGGACCGGCCCUGCGUCUAAAUACUUUUAUGAGCCAGAUAGUAACUCGUGUAACUUUUGGGAUUACGAUAAUACUAGCACUAAUGUUAGAUGUCAGUUUGUCAAUGGACCAUGACUUGGUUGGAUUAGUUAUACAUCGUAAUACACAUCAAAUAAGUCAUGGGACAUAACUGUAACUUCAUUAGCAAAUGUAGUGUUUUGCUAUUCCAUCAAGUAUUGAUCACUUAUGACAAUUCCAAUGUGUAAUAAUGUUUCGUUUAAUUUCUUUGCAAAUGACAUUGAUGUUUUGUAAGAGACGACACAUGUUGAAGUUAGAAAUGUGAUUAGAUUUAUUUGUUUCGUUUAAUGGAUUCUUACAAAAAAAAAUAAUAA